AUGUUACGCCACGUGCAGUAUAUCGCCCUAUUUGUCCUUGCCGUGGAAGCAACGGCCUGGAGCCAUGCGGACAUAGAUUUAAGACAUGAAUUCGGGAAUGUGUUGGUGCCGCGGCAGACCACAAACCUGCAGACCUUCACCGGCGCACUGGGAGGCGCUGCCGCCGAGCCCAUAACGAGCACUAAUGACCAAAACCGGCCCUUCGAAGUUGCCGGUGAUACAUUUACCGACUUCAAGUCAGCUGCCAGCCGCACCUGCGAUAACCAGAAAAACGCAUGUGCAAAGAUCGCCAACAGCGGGGGCAAUAGUAACGGUCUGCAAGUGAGUGACUGCGAUAAACAGCGGGAAACCUGCUUGUCGACGCAGGAUAAGGCGACGGUGACGAGUUUCGACUCUUCGGCGAGUAGCCAGGCGCAGGCGCAGGUGGUUACCAGUGAUGAUGAGUUUACCUACUUCUGCGACCCUUGA